UUAUCCACUUUAAUAAUAGUAUAUCUAUAAAAAAAAAUAGAUACGACUAUGCUAUAUUAAGUCUUAAUUUUAAGUGUUUUCUUAAUCAAAAACCAAGAAUUGAUGUUCAACGUUUUAGUUAAAUAAUUUAUAUUAAUUUUAUAAUUUUUGUAUUUAAAUAUUAACAAUAACAAUGAAGUAUAGUGUAAAAAUUGGAAUAAUUGGUGGAUCAGGAUUAGAUGAUCCCACAUUUUUCAAAGAUUCAACAGAACUCAAAGUUGAUACUCCUUUUGGUCAACCAUCAGAUUCCCUUAUCUGUGGAAAGAUAAGUGGUGUGGAUUGUGUUCUUUUAGCUAGACAUGGGCGAAAGCAUUCUAUCAGUCCUACUAAUGUAAAUUACCGUGCCAAUAUUUGGGCUUUAAAACAUCUUGGAUGCACUCAUAUAAUUGCUUCAUCUGCAACAGGAUCUCUUAAAGAAGAAAUAAAACCCGGCGAUUUAGUCUUACUAGACUCAUUUAUUGACUUUACAAAAAAAAGAGAAUAUUCAAUGUAUGGUAAAAAUGAUCAAGUUGUACAUAUUCCCAUUGAACCUCCAUUUUGUUUGACAAUGAGAAAUAUUGUUUUAGAAACAGCAAAACACCUUUGUAUUCCAAUACAUGAAAAUGGUACUGCUGUAGUUAUAGAAGGUCCUAGAUUUUCUUCUAAAGCUGAAAGCAAUAUGUUUCGUUCCUGGAAUGCUGAUUUAGUUAACAUGACACUUGUUCCAGAAGUUAUAUUGGCAAAAGAAGCUGGUCUUUUAUAUUGUACAAUAGCUAUGGCCACUGAUUAUGACUGUUGGAGAGAGGACACUGAAAAAGUUAAUGUUGCCAGUGUUAUUAAAGUUUUUCAAGAAAAUGUGAAGAAAAUAACACACAUUUUUUUAAACGUUGUGCCUAUAAUAGCUGAGAAAAAUUGGGACUCUGAAAUUGAUGAACUUAAAAAUUUAGUGCAUGAUAGCAUUCAAAGUAAAUAACAUCAAUCAGAAAUAAAAAAAGAAAACCAAUACUUCCAUUACAAAUUUUAGUAUCAAUUGUAACAAAUAAAAUGUGAUAUUAUCUA